GAACGUAACUCAGACUUGAAAAAACUACUCGUACACUCUCUGUCUAGCACAGCCAUAUUUUCAAGGGUUUUGGUUUUCGUUGUUUGUUGUAGCUUGCGUACAUACAUAGUUGUUGCCGUUUUGUGAGCGAAUUCCCAUGGCCAAGUUGUCUUCAUCGUCGAACUCAGAAAAUUCUCGCGAGCUUCUGUGCGUGGGAACAUUAGAAAUCGCUACUCCAAAGCCCGUUGGGUUCCUAUGCGGUUCAAUCCCUGUUCCCACCGAUAAAUCAUUCCAUGCUUUCCAUUCCGCUCUUCUCCCUACCCCGCAAACAGUGAAUGCUCCGCGUUAUCGGUAUCGUAUGCUGCCAACUGAAACUGAUCUGAAUAGGCCUCCGCUUCUUGCGAAUUUCCCAGAAAAGGUUCUUCCUGUUGGUGCUGUGCAGUCCAAGACAACUGGAGGAGGAGAUUUUCCUUGGGAAGGCACUGCUGUUGCAUCAAGUUUUACUAGAAAAUGUGAGGCCCUUGCAGUGUCUGGCUUGGUUGAUUAUGGAGAUGAGAUUGAUGUAAUUGCUCCGGCAGACAUUUUGAAGCAGAUAUUUAAAAUGCCAUAUUCCAAGGCUCGACUUUCAGUUGCUGUUCAUCGCAUUGGUCAUACUCUUGUUUUAAACACUGGGCCAGAUGUUGAAGAGGGAGAAAAGUUGAUCAGGAGGCAUAACAAUCAAUCAAAAUGUGCCGAUCAAUCUUUAUUCUUAAAUUUUGCUAUGCAUUCCGUCAGAAUGGAAGCCUGUGAUUGUCCACCAACUCAUCAUGUUCCAUCAGAAGAGCAAUCAAAUUCUUCAGUUCUUCCUGGAGGAAAAACACCCCAUAUUGUGGUACAGAAUGAUGAUGUUGUUCAAGCUGAAGAAUACAAUUGCUGUUCUGAUUACUCACAGGUUGAGCAGGACAGCUUCUUUUGGGGAAGUAAAAAGAAUAGGAGAAAUAAUAACCAUAGUCCAGUCAAAAAGGUGUCACAAGUUGGCGAAAAACCCAGAUCAUCAAUGCAAGAGUCUGAAAAACCAAGAAAAGUUGGUAAUGAUAGCUUUUUGAGGGUUUUGUUCUGGCAGUUUCAUAAUUUUCGCAUGCUCCUGGGAAGUGACUUACUUUUAUUCAGUAAUGAAAAGUAUGUUGCCGUGAGCUUGCAUUUAUGGGAUGUCACUCGACAGGUCACACCUUUGACAUGGCUUGAAGCUUGGCUUGACAAUGUCAUGGCAAGUGUGCCUGAGUUGGCCAUAUGCUAUCAUCACAAUGGUGUUGUCCAGGGGUAUGAGCUUUUGAAAACUGAUGAUAUUUUUCUGCUGAAAGGGAUAUCAGAGGAUGGUACACCUGCAUUUCAUCCUUAUGUCGUGCAGCAAAAUGGUCUGUCUGUUUUGAGGUUCCUUCAGGAUAAUUGCAAACAGGAUCCUGGGGCUUAUUGGCUUUAUAAAGGUGCUGGUGAAGAUGAUAUACAACUUUUUGAUCUCUCUGUUAUUCCGAAAAACUGUUCAUCUAACAAUUGUGAUGAUGCUUCAAGCUCCUUGCCAUCAUUAAUCAGUAGGGGUAGAAGUGAUGCAGUGUAUUCAUUGGGAACUCUCCUCUACCGAAUUGCUCACCGGCUUUCCCUAUCAAUGGCUGCUAAAAAUAGGGCUAGGUGUGUGAGAUUCUUUAGAAAGUGUUUGGAAUUUCUUGAUGACUCGGACCAUCUGGCAGUACGAGCAGUUGCACAUGAACAAUUUGCGAGGCUGAUUUUAAAUUACGAUGAUGAGUUGAAUUUAACUUCUGAAUCGCUGGCUGUAGAAUGUGAAAUAACAGUUACUGAAGCCAAUGAGUCAUCUUGGGAUGCUGAAAACAGUAAUUCUGAAUCAGUUGCCCAUGAAGUAUUUUAUUUACUUGCUGAUGAUGACAAAUCAGAUGAACAUGGAAAAAUAAUUGAGCAUGUAGAAUCAGAAACUCCUGCAAAGAUGAUUUCUGAGGCACACAAGCCCGCCCCCAGGGAGAUGCUAGCAGUCAGUGACACAGAAUUGAGCAACCAAGGGGGGGCUGUACCAAGCUUGUCUCCUGAUGUCAGCUCUUUGGUGUGUGAAGCAAGUCCAGUUUCCACACCUGUGGUUCAGACUGUUGCUGAUCCAAUUUCAUCAAAGUUGGCUGCUGUACAUCAUGUUUCACAGGCCAUCAAGUCUCUGAGAUGGAUGCGACAGCUUCAGAGCUCUGAACCAGAGAUGAUGGAUCAAUUCAAUAAAAAUCAUGAUCGGCCAUCAUCAUCUUUUAAUGUUUCUGUUUGUGCAUGUGGGGAUGCUGACUGUAUUGAAGUUUGUGAUAUUAGAGAAUGGCUUCCAACAUCUAAGUUGGAUAAUAAGUUGUGGAAGCUCGUUCUUUUGCUUGGAGAAUCUUAUUUGGCACUUUCAGAAGCUUAUAUGGAGGAUGGCCAACUGCGUCAAGCUUUAAAGGUUAUACAAUUAGCAUGUUCUGUUUAUGGAUCAAUGCCUCCACAUCUUGAAGACACAAAGUUUAUUUCUUCGAUGGGUAGUUGCUUGUCCUUACAAAGAAAACACUUUGAUAUGAAUGAAAAUACUACAUGGCCAGGUGAUGUAAAAGAUGAGACUGUUAGUGGCUAUAUUGAGAGGAAGUCUUCUACUUACCUUUUCUGGGCCAAGGCAUGGGCAUUAGUUGGAGAUGUUUAUAUUGAGUUCCACAGGAUUAAGGGUAAAGAUGUCUGUAUACAAGAUCUGAGAAAACCUGCAACCAGAGAAUUGAGAAUGUCAUCUGAGGUUGUGAAGGAAGUUAAAAGGCUGAAGAAGAAGUUGGUGCAGUUGAACCAGAACUGCAGUUCAUGUUCCUUGGCAAAUUGCAGUUGCCAGAGCGACAGAGCUAGCAGUGGGAACAGUGCAAGUAGUAGUAGUAGUAGUCCAGAUGUGAGCUUCAUGACUUAUAGUAGAAAGCAUAGUAAACGAUUGUCUGCUAAAAAUGCCAAUUACUUGCCUCCAAAAGACCCAGGAGAUGAAUUCAUUCAUAACAAGGAGAACAGAAAAGAUUUUGACAGCGAAUAUCCUGAGCACAGUAAUUGUGGUGGAGAUGUGCCAGAUAGCCUUGAAAAUAGUAGGAUCGAAGUUGAAUCCUCGGUGAACUCUAGAACACUUGAUGGAUCUUCAGAGAUGGACAAUUUGUGUUCGAGUGUUGUCUCUCAAACUGAAUUUAAUUCAAAGGAAACAGGUAAAGAAAAAAAUGGUGGGAUAUUUGAGUACCUAGAUGGACCUCUAGUUGGAGAUGUAGAGCACAAUUUAUUAGCUGCUUUAAAAUGCUACGAAGAAGCUAGAAAAGUAUUGCUUAAACUUCCAUCUGGUUUGUCUGAGUUACAGUCUGUGGUUAAAAAGAUAGGGUGGGUUUGCAAUGAAUUGGGCCGAAUCAGACUUGAAAAUAAAGAUUUGAAUAAGGCUGAACUGGCAUUUACAGAUGCCAUAGAUGCAUUCAGAGAAGUUUCGGAUCACACCAACAUAAUAUUGAUAAACUGUAAUUUGGGCCACGGCAGACGGGCUUUGGCUGAGGAGAUGGUAUCUAAAAUUGAGAAUCUUAAACUACACAAUAUCUUCCAUAAUGCAUACAAUCAUGCAUUGGAAACUGCAAAAUUAGAAUAUAAAGAAUCCCUUAGAUAUUAUGGGGCAGCAAGGUUAGAACUAAAUGCCAUCAAUGAGGAUGCUGAUUCUGUGACAAGCAGCUUGAAGAAUGAGGUACAUACUCAGUUUGCUCAUACCUAUCUGCGGCUUGGCAUGCUUUUGGCAAGAGAAAAUAGCACUGCAGAAGUUUAUGAAAUUGGAUCAUUGGAAGAUACAUGUGUAAGUCACACAAAUCCCCAGAAUAGAAAAGCCAGGAAAGAUUGGAGAAAGCAUGAGAUUUCAGCUAAUGAGGCCAUUAGGGAAGCAUUCUCAGUCUAUGAGUCGCUGGGUGAACUACGCAAACAGGAGGCUGCAUAUGCUUGCUUCCAGUUGGCUUGCUAUCAGAGAGAUUGUUGUUUGAAAUUUAUGAAUUCUGGCAAUAAGAAAAGCGUUUUGUCAAAAGCUGAAAAUAGCAUUGUGCAACGAGUCAAGCAGUAUGCAUCUCUGGCAGAGAGGAACUGGCAAAAAGCCAUGGACUUCUAUGGCCCCAAAACACAUCCGAACAUGUAUUUGACUAUUCUCAUGGAGAGAUCAGCUCUUGCAUUAAGCCUUUCAAGCCAUUUACACUCGAAUGUGGUGCUGGAAUCAGCUUUGGCUCAUAUGCUCGAAGGACGCCAUGUUUCAGAUACAAAUGCUGACACUUUCAGCACUAGGUAUCCUGAAUUACACGCAAAAUAUUGGAGUCAGUUGCAGAUGCUUUUGAAGAAAAUGUUGGCCAUGACACUUUCACCAAGUGCAAACAAAUCUCCCUGUCAACCAUCUUCAACAUCUAGCAGAUUUGGAGAUGGUGGAAAGAUCAGGGAACUCUACAAGAUGUCCCUGAAGGGUACUGACAUGGUCCAACUGGAUACCAUGUACAGCUUGUGGAUAUCAUGAUAGGAAAUUCAUCAAGACAUUCUUCUCACGUUUACAUCAGAUCUAAGUAAAUUGUUUGCCACCCCUUUCUGAUUAUCUUUUUGGAAGAUAGAUUGCUUUGUUGAUAUCCUCCAGCUCUUGUAUAUUAAGUC